AUGCGUGGCGCGGUGCUGGUGGCCAUCGCCGCGGCGAUCGGCAACCUGCUGCAGGGAUGGGACAACGCCACCAUCGCGGGCGCCGUCCUCUACAUCAAGCACGACUUCCACCUCGAGUCCCAGCCCGCCGUCGAGGGCCUCCUCGUCGCCACCUCCCUCAUCGGCGCCACCCUCAUCACCACCUUCUCCGGGCCCGUCGCUGCUCCGACGCCGUCGGCCGCCGCCCUAUGCUCAUCGCUGCUCUACUUCCUUGCGGGCCUCCUCAUGCUCUGGUCCCCCGGCGUGCACGUCCUCCUCCUCGCGCGCCUCGUCGACGGCUUCGCCAUCGGCCUCGCCGUCACGCUCGUCCCCGUCUACAUCUCCGAGACGGCGCCGCCAGAGAUCCGCGGCCUCCUCAACACGCUCCCGCAGUUCACGGGAUCCGGCGGCAUGUUCCUCGCCUACUGCAUGGUCUUCUCCAUGACGCUGGCGCCGCACCCGGACUGGCGCCUCAUGCUGGGAGUGCUCUCACUCCUCUCCCUCCUCUACCUGUGCAUGCUCACCGUCUGCUACCUCCGGGAGUCGCCGCGCUGGCUCGUCAGCAAGGGCAGGAUGAAGGAGGCCAGGGCAGUGCUCCGGAUGCUCAGGGGACGGGACGACGUCGCGGGGGAGAUGGCGCUCCUCGUCGAAGGCCUGGGAACCGUCGGAGACACGGCCAUCGAGGAGUACAUCGUCGGGCCCCCGGGCCCCGCCGCCGACGCGACAGUCUUGUACGGGCCCGAGCGCGGCUGCAUGUCGUGGGUGGCGCAGCCGCUGCUGCUCGGCGCGCAGGGAAGCAUGCUGGGCAGCGCCAUCGGCCAGGGCAGCAUGCUCGACCACCUCAAGGACCCCGUCGUUGCGCUCCUCGGCAGCAUGCUCUUCUCCAACCUCGGCAGCAUGCUCAGUUCCAAGCUGGCGCCCCUGGACUGGGACGAGGAGAUCGCCGGCCGGCUCAUGACGGGAGAAGGCGACACGGCCACCACCAUGGGCAUCGGCGGCGGCUGGCAGCUGGCGUGGAAGUGCACGGACGGGCCGGAGGGCGGCGUGAAGAGGAUGUACCUUCACGAGGAGGCGGGCGGCGUGCACGCGGCGGCGCUGUACCUGCACGCCGCCAAGCAACACGGGGACGGGGAUGUACACGGACCGGCGUUCGUGCACGGGGCGCGGUGGCGCGAGCUCCUGGAGCCUGGGUGCGGCGUCACCAUGCAGGUGCUGCAGCAGUUCUCGGGCAUCAACGGCGUGCUCUACUACACGCCGCAGAUCCUGGACCAGGCCGGCGUCAGCGUGCUGCUGGCGAGCCUGGGGCUGAGCGCCGACUCCACGUCCAUCCUCAUCAGCAGGGCCACGGCCCUGCUCAUCAGCGGGCUCACCACGCUGUUGAUGCUGCCCACCAUCGGCGUGGCGAUGCGGCUGAUGGACGCGUCGGGGCGGCGGAGCCUGCUACUGUGGACGAUCCCGGUGCUGAUCGCGUCGCUAGUGGUGGCAAGCGUGGUGCCCAUGGCGGCGGCGGCGCACGCGGCGGUGGCCACGGGGAGCGUCAUGGUGUACCUGUGCUGCUUCGUCAUGGGGUUCGGGCCCAUCCCCAACAUCCUGUGCGCCGAGAUCUUCCCGACGCGGGUGCGGGAGCUCUGCAUCGCCAUCUGCUCGCUCGCCUUCUGGCUCGGCGACAUCGCCGUCACCUACAGCCUGCCGCCGGUGAUGCUCACAUCGGUGGGGCUCACGGUCACGGGGGUGUUCGGCUUCUACGCCGUCGUGUGCUGCCUGGCCGUGCCGGAGACCAAGGGCCUGCCCCUCGAGGUCAUCAUCGAGUUCUUUAACGUUGGAGCCAGAGGGCUGCCAGCCAUGGCGGCCGAUGCAGAGCAGGAUCACCAUUGA